UAUCAUUUGCUGUCAUGUCAGGGAGUGUUUUUCUGCAAAAAAUGCGUAAAUUUCCAGCGAGGAAGUGAAAAAAUGGCAAGUGCUUGUGUCUCCAGCAAGGUAGCCGGUGAAUUGAGUGAGAAGAGGCCAGAAGACAGUCCGGAUGAUGAGGAGAAGAGCGUCCUGGACGACUUGACCAGCUCAAGUUCUCUCCUUGAGUUCCUCACCCACGAGCAGAAGUGUCUGGAAGGGUUGCUGGAGGGCACCAGCACGGAUGUGGACAUUGAGAGCAUCUUCGAGGAGAUCAAUCGCUUAUCCGACAACUCAGAUGAGCGCAGCGUCGAGGAGAUUCUCAAGGAAGCGGAAAUGCUGAUGCUCCUCACCAGUCAGCCCGUGUCCGGAAAGAGACAGUCUCCGGAUGAGAAACCUGAUGUGGAGCAUGAAAAAGACACCUUGCACUCUCCGUUGGAGCGAACCCCGCGAGUUGGCAGUGACACGGAGAAGGUGGAUUCUAUUGUCAAUUUUGAUGAGAUCGUUGUGCCGGCUCAGGUGAAGAACCAGGAGAGUUCACCGCCAAAGCCGAUGACACCGGAGAGGCCGCAUGUGGAGGUGAUUGUGGAAAGUUCCCGGGACAAGUGCAUAGGAACUGAUAUUCAGUUUCUGGACAAGUUCACCACACCGUCGCCCACAAGGAGUCUCACGCCUGUCAAUGAGGAGCGGUGGCCGCCGCGACAGAGAGCGCUUGAGGAUGAGAUAGUGACGCUACAGGAGCGGCUGAAGGACACGGAGGAGAGAUUCCAGAGUCUCCGUCUGCAGCACGACACGGUGUCGUCGCAUCAGCGAACUCUCCGGGAGUCUCAGUCUGCGAUGCAGGAGGAGACGGAGCGACUGAAGCUUGAGGUGCAACAUCUCACGGAGUGCGCCAGUGUCUUGAGGACGGAGGUUCAGGCGGCUCGCAGUGACAGAGCUGAGGCUCAGGAAGUGCAGCGCGUUCUCCAGGCGGAACUCGAGGAGGCUCGUGCUGAGAAGCGAAAACUCCAGGAGCAAACUGAUCGGGACGCAAAGGUGAUUUUGGAUUUGCAGCGACAGUGCAAGGAGAUGGAGAGGAUUCUCAUGAGGAAGCAUCCGGAUUCUGUUUCGGCACUCAUUGUGGCGUCCAAAGGUGUGGGCAAUGCCAAAGAGGAGGCGUCUACGAGACGUGUCCUGGAGCAGAGAAUUGCUCAGCUCGAGGCGGACGCCAAGGAGCAAGAUGCCAAAGCUCAGAAGAUCCUCUCCAACGUCCAGUCCAAGUUCAGUACCGUGCAAUCAAAAUAUGAGACUCACAUUGCAGAUCUGGAGACUCAGGUUCUCAGUCUGCAGGAGAUCAACACGAAGCUCACGCAGAAGGUUGAGUCGCAGAGUGCAAUAAUCCGCGAGAGGAAUAAUAUUGUCCUGUCCAGCACCUUCACACAAACUGAGGAGAUUCCCGAACGUGAUAUUUCGGUGGAGAAGAUCUCAAUUAGCACACAAACGGACCAAAAACCGACCACAGGAAAGCAAUCCGCCUCGCCGAAUGCCAAAAAGUCCACAAACUCAGGUAGAAUUGUGAACUCAUACUCAGAGUCGCAGAUAAAUCAUGGCAAUGAUCCUCAUCUCAUGGCGACAAUUCGGGGGAUGCGAGUGGAUUUGGCGAUUAAGGAGAAAGCUCUGCAGAGACUCACGAGAGAGUUGGAGGAGUGCAAGAAGACAAUUCGGAAGGCACAGCAGAAGGAAAGGGAAUCUGUCACAGCGACAGCGGCAAAAACUGCGUCCAAGAAGAUUGCAGAGGCCGAUGGGCAGUGUAAUGGAGAUGGAACGAGUCUGAAAGAGGCGCAAAAUAAAAUCAAACUACUGGAAUUUGACUACAAAUCCCUGCAUGAGAAGCGUCUUCAGGAUCUUCGCACCCUUCAGGCGGCUCAUGAGAAGGAACUGGCGUCCUGCCAUGAGACAGUGAACAUCCUUCAGCAGCGUCUCAAGGAGAGGGAUGAGGCCUUCGCCAUGCAGAAGCGCCGAAGAGUUCCGGUGGAUUAUUAUGCCUUAAAAGCCAAGGUGACAUCCCUCGAGCGGAGGCACUUGGAGCGGGAGCAGAGGCUUCACAUGCUCGUGGAGGCGCUCAGCAAGGGACGCCUCGGCAAUGGGCAGCUCCUCGAGGACUGCCUCGCGAGCGCCGACUGCUCACGUUGUCAUCAUCAUCAUGUUGGUGACAACUGAGAUGCCCCGCAAAUUUGUACACGUGAAACCUCAAGACAGUGAGUUGCACAGAAAUUGUCUCAGUUUUCUCUGGAGAAAUGCUUUCUGCACGCAUUGACUGUUUAUUUAUGAUUUCUGUGAUUUCGUGAGCAAAGAGAGCUGAAUAGUGUGAUUAGUUGUUUAAAAUAUUAAACAUAGUAGACCGUCCUUGAAUCGGUUUGUUCGUGAAGAAAUUGUGUGAUAGAGAAAAAUUAAUUCGUCCAGAGACAGAGAGAGAAGAAAAGCAAAGAAAAAAAUGUUCAGAAAAUCUUCAAUGUUGACUCCAAUCGAUUUUCCACUAUAGUUCAGGCUAUAUUUUCAUUAAAUCUCCUCCUGUUGAAGAUGCCAGAAAGUGUGUGGCAAAUUGACAAUAAUUGAGUCGCAGAGUUGUUGAGAAAAUUCUCUCGUUCAUUUUAUCAUUUCGAUACAGAAAAAAAACAUCAACGUGAAAUGGAGGCAUAAAUUGAUAAAGUGGAAAACUGUCCCUCGAACCGCCACUUAGAGAGAUUGUAUUUAAUUAGAGUCAAUAUGGUCUCUUUGUGAAGUUUUGAAUUUUCUCCCACUUUCUCACAUUAUUUCUCUCACUCAGAUCUCGAUUGUAUUUCAAUCUUAUAGGAGUUAAAGUUGCUAAAGUGUCUGGAAAAUCCUCAAAAAGUGCGAAUCAAUUCUCAUGAAAGCACUUUAUACAAAUCAGUAUUAAAUGCAGGGAACAAUGGGAAAGAAAAGGAACUUUAUAGAUUUUUUUCUUCUUUUAUUAAGUUUGAAUACUUGACAUCACAUUGAAUUUAUAACCACCGAGGAUUUCAUGAUUUGGAAAUGGAAUCAUUUUUUAAAAUUUCGUGCUUGUUUUCAUGGGAAUUGAUUCUCAAAAUAUUGUAGAAAAUAACUGUAAUUCCAUAAAACGCUAUUUUAUAUUCUAGUGACGAUUAAGAAAUCUAAUUAGGGAAGAGCGCGUCAGUUUCGGCCAUGAAGGUUUAUUUGUAGAAAUUUGGAUGAAUUUACUCAGAAUUAAUGCUUUCUAAAACAGAAUCUUUUGAUUUCUGGAAAUUGUCAUAAAAUUUAAAUGUGUGUCCGAAACUGCUCUGUUCUCUUCUACAUAUCUUGGAGUUCUUGUUUUUAGAAAUAUGUAGUAAAUUUUAGAAACUUUACUUACAUUAUCCUUAAAUUGUGGAUAUGGAAUUACAGUUAAUUUUCCUUAACAUCUUUCCACUGAAGUUACUAAAAGUAUUAUUAUUAUAUUACCACAACUUAAGCACAUCUAAAUACCAAAUAGUAGUUUAAAAAAAAAGUUUAGCAAAGUGCAUUAGCCAAAAAAAGGAAUUAAAGGAAACUCAAAAAAAUAUUCUACUUUAUAGAAAAUACUCUGAAUAUUUUUCUAGUGAUUAAUUUUGAUGCACCAAAAAAAUUCUUUUGAUCUCUUUGAAAGCAUUUGUUUUAGUGAUUUAACUGCCAGAAUUCAGUGUUUUUCAUGGAGAAAAUAUAGUGUAGAGAAGGACAGAGUAUUUUUGAAGUAAUAAUUUAUAGAGUUGACGUCGAUUUUUCUUUCAUUUCUGUGAAGAUGACAAAAGAGUUGAUAUGAAGAGAAAUAAAAUAACGAUGAAAAUUGUA